AUGGAUCCUAUAAACAGUCCUCUGAACAAUCUGCUUCGAAAGAGAACAACAGGGCUGCUUCCAGAAACACCCAAGUUAGACAGAAACACCCAAGUUAGACAGGUAAACAAAGAUGGCUCUUAUGUUCAGGGCUCAGAGCAAUCUGCUUCGGAUGAAAGCGAUAAGGCUGCUUCCAAAAACAUACAAACAAAACAGAGAAACAAAGACGGAUCUUACAAGGAGGCAUCUGAGCAAUCCGCUUCAAAGCAAAACAGCAAGAAUGCUUCUACCAACAAACAAUCAAAAGUAGUAAACAAAGAUGGAUCCUAUAAACAGUCCUCUGAACAAUCUGCUUCGAAAGAGAACAACAGGGCUGCUUCCAGAAACACCCAAGUUAGACAGAGAAACAAAGACGGAUCUUACAAGGAGGCAUCUGAGCAAUCCGCUUCAAAGCAAAACAGCAAGAAUGCUUCUACCAACAAACAAUCAAAAGUAGUAAACAAAGAUGGAUCCUAUAAACAGUCCUCUGAACAAUCUGCUUCGAAAGAGAACAACAGGGCUGCUUCCAGAAACACCCAAGUGAAACAGAGAAACAAAGACGGAUCUUACAAGGAGGCAUCUGAGCAAUCCGCUUCAAAGCAAAACAGCAAGAAUGCUUCUACCAACAAACAAUCAAAGGUAGUAAACAAAGAUGGAUCCUAUAAACAGUCCUCUGAACAAUCUGCUUCGAAAGAGAACAACAGGGCUGCUUCCAGAAACACCCAAGUGAGACAGAGAAACAAAGACGGAUCUUACAAGGAGGCAUCUGAGCAAUCCGCUUCAAAGCAAAACAGCAAGAAUGCUUCUACCAACAAACAAUCAAAAGUAGUAAACAAAGAUGGAUCCUAUAAACAGUCCUCUGAACAAUCUGCUUCGAAAGAGAACAACAGGGCUGCUUCCAGAAACACCCAAGUGAGACAGAGAAACAAAGACGGAUCUUACAAGGAGGCAUCUGAGCAAUCCGCUUCAAAGCAAAACAGCAAGAAUGCUUCUACCAACAAACAAUCAAAAGUAGUAAACAAAGAUGGAUCCUAUAAACAGUCCUCUGAACAAUCUGCUUCGAAAGAGAACAACAGGGCUGCUUCCAGAAACACCCAAGUUAGACAGAGAAACAAAGACGGAUCUUACAAGGAGGCAUCUGAGCAAUCCGCUUCAAAGCAAAACAGCAAGAAUGCUUCUACCAACAAACAAUCAAAAGUAGUAAACAAAGAUGGAUCCUAUAAACAGUCCUCUGAACAAUCUGCUUCGAAAGAGAACAACAGGGCUGCUUCCAGAAACACCCAAGUUAGACAGAGAAACAAAGACGGAUCUUACAAGGAGGCAUCUGAGCAAUCCGCUUCAAAGCAAAACAGCAAGAAUGCUUCUACCAACAAACAAUCAAAAGUAGUAAACAAAGAUGGAUCCUAUAAACAGUCCUCUGAACAAUCUGCUUCGAAAGAGAACAACAGGGCUGCUUCCAGAAACACCCAAGUGAGACAGAGAAACAAAGACGGAUCUUACAAGGAGGCAUCUGAACAAUCUGCUUCAAAGCAAAACAGCAAGAAUGCUUCUACCAACAAACAAUCAAAAGUAGUAAACAAAGAUGGAUCCUAUAAACAGUCCUCUGAACAAUCUGCUUCGAAAGAGAACAACAGGGCUGCUUCCAGAAACACCCAAGUUAGACAGAGAAACAAAGACGGAUCUUACAAGGAGGCAUCUGAACAAUCCGCUUCAAAGCAAAACAGCAAGAAUGCUUCUACCAACAAACAAUCAAAAGUAGUAAACAAAGAUGGAUCCUAUAAACAGGCCUCUGAACAAUCUGCUUCGAAAGAGAACAACAGGGCUGCUUCCAAAAACACCCAAGUGAGACAGGUUAACAAAGAUGGAUCCUCCAAGAAGGCAUCUGAGCAAUCUGCUUCAAUCGAAAGCAACAGGGCUGCGUCCAAAAACACACAAUUGGAACAGGUUAACAAAGAUGGAUCCUACAAGAAAGCAUCUGAGCAAUCUGCUUCAAUCGAAAGGAACAAGGCUGCUUCCAAAAACACACAAUUGGAACAGGUUAACAAAGAUGGAUCCUACAAGAAAGCAUCUGAGCAAUCUGCUUCAAUCGAAAGCAACAGGGCUGCGUCCAAAAACACACAAUUGGAACAGGUUAACAAAGAUGGAUCCUACAAGAAGGCAUCUGAGCAAUCUGCUUCAAAUGAAAGCAAAAAGGCUGCUUCCAGCAACAAGCAAUCUAAAGUUGUUGGUGCCGAUGGGUCCGUGAGGACUGCUAGUGAACAGGAUGCCUCUAAGUCCAGCGCAAAAAAUGCUAGCUCAAACAAGCAGUCGCGCGUUGUUGGACCCGAUGGCAGCAGCAGCGUCAGCAGCAGCAGCGACGCCUCUUCGUCCAGCUCCAGCGCUUCAUCCUCAUCUUCCACCGUUGAGGAGCAAGUUUCCGAUGACGAAUGUUAAAUAAUUAAGUAAUUCUACGUUUCAACCCACUUCCGUGUUUAAAUUCUU